AUGGCAACACCGCCGGCACAGCCUCCGAUCUCAAAUUCUCCUCCGCCUCCACCACUGGCUUCAUCGCCUCCACCACUGGCUUCAUCGCCUCCACCGGUGGCUUCAUCGCCUCCACCGGUGGCUUCAUCGCCUCCACCGGUGGCUUCAUCGCCUCCACCGGUGGCUUCCUCGCCACUUAACAAUUCUCCUCCGAGUAAGAUUGUCACCACUACACCACCGACUCAGUCCCUUCCUCCGACCAGAUCACCACAAGUGACAUCGAUGGUCCCUUCAUCACCACCGCCACCGAACAGAGCUCCUCCUCCGGUUACAACCUCACCACCACCACCAUCAAAUGGAGCUCCUCCUCCUCCUCAGAGCUCUCCUCCACCACCACCAUCAGUGAUCCCUUCACCUCCUCCGCCGUUAAUUUCACCAGCAUCGGCACGGCCUUCACCACCACCACGUAAUCCGCCUCCACCACCUGCAUCAGUCCCUCCAUUGCCUUCUUCUCCACCUCCUUCACCUUCACCUCCUCCUUCAGGACUCGGGGGUUCCAAUCAAUCUCCUCCUCCUCCUCCACCGCCUUCAGAGCCUCCCGCUUCUACACCGCCUACAGGUAGUUCCAAUCAGUCUCCUCCUCCUCCGUCACUUUCAGUGCCUCCCUCUUCUACACCACCGCCUUCAGGUAGCUCCAAUCAAUCUGCUCCUCCUUCGUCACCGCCUUCAGAGCCUCCCCCUUCUACACCGCCUAUAGGACGUCCUACUCAGUCUCCUCCUCCUCAAACUCUUGAACCAGGCUCUAACAACCCUACUCCUAGUGCUCCUGAUAUUUCAAAUCCUACUGGUAACAAUAGCAGCAUUGGAACCGGAGCUGUUAUCGGAAUCACCGUCGCAGUAGCGCUUGUCGUCUUCACUCUCAUUGGACUCCUGGUCUGGUGCGUGAGAAGACGACACAAACGGCUUUCAGCUGUGAGUGGUGGCGGCUCUGUUACGCCAUCACCAAUGAGCACAAGAUCAGAUUCAGCGUUCUUUAGGAUGCAGUCAUCAUCUGCACCUGUUGUACCGGGGAAGCGUUCAGGCAGUUACCAAGAUACGUAUCUCUCGCAAUCAGGCGGCUUAGGCAACUCCAAGGCCUUGUUUUCCUACGAAGAGAUCGGCAAGGCCACAAACGGGUUCUCGCAAGAGAAUCUAUUGGGAGAAGGAGGAUUCGGUCGUGUGUACAAAGGGAUGUUACCGGACGGGAGAGUAGUCGCCGUCAAACAGCUCAAAAUCGGUGGAGGACAAGGUGACAGAGAGUUCAAAUCCGAAGUCGAGACGCUUAGCAGAAUCCAUCACAGGCAUUUGGUUUCCAUCGUGGGACAUUGCAUCUCUGGUGAACGUAGAUUGCUCAUUUAUGAUUAUGUCUCUAACAACGACCUUUACUUCCACCUCCAUACAUCUAAAGAAGUUCUUGAUUGGGCAACUCGUGUUAAAAUCGCUGCUGGUGCGGCUCGUGGACUGGCUUAUCUCCAUGAAGAUUGUCAUCCACGAAUCAUUCACAGGGACAUUAAGUCGUCUAACAUUCUCUUGGAGGACAACUUUGAUGCUCGGGUUUCUGACUUUGGUCUUGCAAGAUUAGCUCUUGAUUGUAACACUCAUAUAACCACAAGAGUCAUUGGAACAUUUGGCUACAUGGCUCCUGAAUAUGCAUCAAGUGGAAAGCUAACAGAGAAAUCGGAUGUUUUCUCCUUUGGAGUUGUUCUUCUCGAGUUAAUCACAGGACGUAAACCAGUGGAUGCAUCACAACCGAUGGGAGAAGAAGGCCUUGUUGAAUGGGCCCGGCCUCUGGUGAGUCAUGCCAUCGAAACCGAGGAGUUUGGUUCUAUAGCAGAUCCAAAGCUUGGAGGAAGCUAUGUGGAUUCUGAGAUGUUUAGAAUGAUUGAAGCAGCAGGAGCUUGCGUGCGCCAUUCAGCUGCUAAGAGACCUCGGAUGGGACAAAUUGUGAGAGCUUUUGAGAGUUUAGUUGCGGAAGAUCUCACCAACGGGAUGAGGCUUGGAGAGAGCGAGGUGUUUGACUCAGCUCAACAGUCAGCUGAUCUCAGAUUGUUUAGAAGAAUGGCAUUUGGUAGCCAGAAUUACAGUACAGAUUUUUUCACACAUAGUAGUUACAACAGCAGAGAAGGAAACGUGUAA